AUGCAAAAAUUAUCCCAGGAAUUGUUAACAUUUAUGAGAUGCACAGUUAUUAUUACUGAUUUCCACAAGGUCGUAUUCGAGUUAGUGCUCAACAGUUUGGACGCAAAGGCAACAUGUAUCGAUAUUUCAGUUAGUUUUAAUAACGGUGGUCGAAUACAUAUUAGUGACAAUGGAAUCUCUAUGGGGUAUGAAGAUAUGUUAACAGUUGGACAAAGGUAUUUCACAAGCAAAUGUCAAUCAAUAAACGAUUUGAGUACCAACCAGUGUUUCGGCUAUCACGGUGAAUCUUUAUCAAGCAUCAUAAAUUUGUGUGAAAAACUAGAAAUUAAGUGCACAUCAGAUGAUCAUAUAUUCUUGAAAGAGUUUCACAAAGGUGUUUUGGUAAAAUUUGAGACACAUCUCAAUGAAAACAGUAAAACGCGCAAAUUCAACACGGAGAUUACAGUCACAAAAGUAUUUUACAAAAUGUCUGUAAGAAUAAAAGAGUUGGAUAAGUUGUCUGAAUUUGAAAUAAUCAAACGAUUUGUUAUUUCAAUUUCGCUUUUGAAACCAUACAUCUCAAUAUCUUUAAAUGUCCUGGAAAAUUCUUUUUUAACUUUCGAGUUGAAAAGUAUGAAGUCGGUUUUGGAUGUGGUGAACUAUCUAUCUGGCGAUGUUAAGUCAGAUAAUAUCGAAAAAGUAAAGUUAAAAAUUUGUAAUGGAAGACUGGAUGGUUUUAUAUGGAUCUCUGAUUUACAUGGUGUUAAUAUGAAUUAUUUGUAUUUUAAUAAUAAACCAAUUUCGUUGAAUGAUAAGUUCUAUGAAAUUCUCAGCAAAACAUUUAAAAGGGUUAAAAUAUUUAGUAAG